UGUGUUAAGCUACUGGUGUUUCAGUCCAGGUUUUAGCAUGCAGGAGUUGUAUUCACAAGGCGUUCGUUCCAUCAUCCUAACUUCAGGAACGUUAGCCCCACUGAACUCAUUUAAAUCUGAACUUAGUAUAGAUUUCCCAAUUCAGCUGGAGAACCCUCACGUGAUUGACAAGCAUCAAAUGGUGGUAGGUGUGAUGACGAAGGGACCCGAUGGAACAGUUCUCAACUCCUCCUACCAGACCAGGUUCAAGAAGGAGUAUGUACUCUCACUGGGAAAUGCAAUAGUUAACUUUGCCCGUAUGGUUCCCAAUGGUCUGCUAGUCUUCUUUCCAUCCUACCCUGUCAUGAAUCAUGCUAUAGAGAUCUGGCAGGAAUCUGGUGUAAGCAACAGAAUCACUCAAUACAAAGAAAUGUUCAUCGAACCCAGGGGAAAGAGAGACUUUAAAGAGGCCAUGGAGUCGUUCUACGAGCGAGUCCGAGACCCCACCCUCAAUGGUGCAGCUUUCUUUGCCGUCUGCAGAGGAAAGGUUUCUGAAGGUCUGGACUUUGCUGAUAACAACGGUCGAGCGGUGGUCAUCACCGGUCUACCAUUCCCACCCAGGAAGGACCCUAGGGUCAUGCUGAAGAUGCAGUAUCUGGAUGAAGCCAAGCGAAGAAACCCUCAGGGUCUGAGUGGUCAGAUGUGGUACAGGCAGCAGGCCUCGAGAGCGGUCAACCAGGCUAUCGGUAGGGUCAUCAGACACCGGCAGGACUUUGGAGCCAUUCUCCUUUGCGAUACAAGGUUCACCAACUCCGAAGCCAGAGCCCAGCUGCCUUCCUGGGUCAGGCCACAUCUCACUGUCUACGACAAGUUUGGACAAGGUGUCAGAGAUCUCAUGAACUUCUUCAAAGUUUGUGAAAAAGUGAUGCCUAAACCAAAGCUGAAGUCUGACAGACCUCCAAUCGUAGCGAGUGCAUCUUCAUCAUCUACAUCUCUGGACCGGCCGUCACAGGUUGCCAGGGCAGCAUCAUCAUCCUCCUCCUCCUCCUCCUUCAAGAACGUUUCCUACCAGACAGCCAAGCAUGUGGAUGCUCAUGUACCAAGCUUGAAGAGGAAUAGAGAUGGAAGCCAUGUGUCAGAAGCUCAGCUGAAGAUCAUGUACGAGGAGGCGAGACCUUCACCCUCAUCAUCAUCCAGCGGGUUUACUCUCCUCGAUGCUCUACAUAAUGCUGAGAAACCCAAAUCGGAUGACUUUGCAAUUCCUACAAGUAUACCUUUAUCAAAUCAGGACAAUGCUAUGAAUAAGCGACAAGAUGAUCCCAAGAAAAAGAAGAAAAUCAUCAUUAAACAAAGUAUGUUUGGAGGCCAGUCAUCAUCUUCCAUCACCAAGAGGCAACGGAAUGCUUGUCUUGUAUCAGCCAAGGAUUAUGUAACGGAGGUGAAGAAGAGGCUGAGUAAAGAAAACUACAAGGCGUUCUCUAAUGUCAUGCAAUCAUACAAAAAGGACAAUGACUUUGGUCUGAUGAUAGCUGGUCUAGCUGAUCUCUUCACAGAAGACCCUACUCAAUAUCAUCUCUUCAGGAAAUUCUAUAGUUUUGUACGCCCCUGCCACAAGAAGCGAUUUGAUGAGCUGUGUAAGGAGAUAACAGGAGAAGGAUGCGGAUACAGACCAGAGGACAGCAUCGAGAAGAAGAAGACGGAUGACUCUGAAGAGAAGGCACAAAAACCACAAGAGGCCAAGAAGAACUUUGAGCAAAACACUGUGAGUGAAGCAGCGAAAAGGCACUGCUCCGGACUAGGUAGUGCCUCCAGCAGCGCAACCAUCGGUCAUCUGAACAGCACGUCCCAUCUUAGUAAGGGUGUAGACCUUCUGAAUCGUGGUGCCGACCACUUGAACAAGGGUUCCUUGCACCUCAAUGAAGGUGCUUCAUUAUGGACCGAAGGCGCAGAGACUCUGGAGAAAGGUAGCUGACAAAGAGUUGAUAUUUCUUAGUCCCAUCUUAGUAAGGGUGCCGACCUUCUUAAUCGUGGUGCCGACCACUUGAACAAGGGUUCCUUGCACCUCAAUAAAGGUGCUUCAUUAUGGACCGAGGGCGCAGAGACUCUGGAGAAAGGUAGCUGACAAAGAGUUGAUAUUUCUUAGUCCCAUCUUAGUAAGGGUGUAGACCUUCUGAAUCAUGGUGCCGACCACUUGAACAAGGGUUCCUUGCACCACAAUGAAGGUGCUUCAUUAUGGACUGAGGGUGCAGAGACUCUGGAGAAAGUUAGCUGACAAAGAGUUGAUAUUUCUUAGCCAUGGUACCACCAACUUAAACAAGGGUUCCUUGCACCUCAAUGAAGGUGCUUCAUUAUGGACUGAGGGCACAGAGAUUCUGGAGAAAGGUAGCUGACAAAGAGUUGAUGUUUCUUAGCCAAGGUACCACCAACUUGAAGAAGGGUGCCAUGCAUCUCCUUGAUGGUACUUUGCGUUAGAGUUAGAGUGAAGGUGCAGAGAUGAUGAAAAGUUGUAACUGACAAACAUUUGGUAUUUCUUAGCCAAGGUAAUACCAACUGUAGUAAGGGUGCCCAGCACAAUAAUAAAGGUUCUCUUCGAAUAAAAGGUGCUUUUUUAUGAGGUGCAGGUUCAGAGAAAACCAAAGAAAGGUAGCCGACAAAGAGAUAUAUUUCUUAGCCAAGGGCAAGGUAUUGCCAACAUGACUAAGGGUGCCCUGCACCUUCUUAAUGGUGCUUUGCUCUAGAGAGAAGGUACAGUACAGAGACUCUGGAGAAAGUUAGCUGACAAACUUUUCAUACUGACCAGCUAAGGUACUGUCGUCUUGACUGAAGGUGCCUUUCACUAUAAAGGAGGAUCUGCUUUGAAUGAUGGUGCUUUAUUUUGGACAGAAGGUGCAGAGACUUUAAAGAAAAGUCAGCUUACACACAGUUGAUAUUUCUUAGCUGAAGUACUGCCAACUUUAAGAAGGAUUCUUGCUUCUCCCUCAAGGGACACUAUUUUUUCAGUGAAGGCACGUUCCUUUGAAGUGAAGGUGCAAAUACCCUGUAUCAGAGUAGCUUACAAAGCAUACAGCGUAGCCUAGGUACAAUGAACUUUACUAAUGGUGCCUUGUAGCUUGAAGAGAGAGAAAGAGAGAGAGAGAAAAAAAGAAAGAAAGAAAGAAAGAAAGA